CUCGGGGUAUCGCGUAACAGAAACGUCGUCGUGUAAUCCCGCGUAUAAGAACCCAAACUUCCCCUCCCCUCCCCUACUACACUCCACAUAUCUACUUCGUCUGCUUAUUUUGUCGAGUCCUUUAAGGCACUGCAUCAUCAGAUCUGCUUCUUCAUCUGCUUAUUUCUUCCACUUCAUCAGGAAAUGGGUACGAUUGCUAAGUCUACAAACUCUCUUGCUUUCUUCUUCAAUCAUUAUUCUCAUCUUAGGGUUUCUUCCAAUGCUCAAUUUUUUUAUUAUUAUUGUCGUUGUUUUAGUGCUACUUCUGCCAAAACUACCAAUAGUGGUAGAGAUAUUGUGGAAAGCCCCAAUCAGUUCUUGAAAUCUGUAAGAGAUCGAUGCAGAUCUCGAAGCUUUAGGAAUCUUGACGAGGCCUUAGGCCUGUUUGAUAGAAUGCUUCACAUGCACCCUUUGCCUUCCAUUGUGGAUUUUACUCAAUUGCUGGGUGCAAUUGCAAGAAUGAAGCAUCACUCAACUGUUAUUACUCUAAUUAAAGAAAUGGAACUGUCAGGAAUUGCUCCCGAUGCUUGUACUCUAGGGGUUCUGACUAAUUGUUUCUGCCAUUUGAACCGAGUGGAUUUCGGCUUCUCUAUCUUAGCAAGAAUUUUGAAACUUGGUUUUCAACCAGACUCUAUAAUUCUAACAACUCUUGUCAAGGGGCUCUGUCUUCAGGGUAAAAUUGUUGAAGCUAUGAAGUUUGUUAAGGUAAUGGAGAACAAUGGCUAUAAACCUAAUACAAUUACCUAUGGAACAUUAAUGAAUUGUUUGUGUAAAAUAGGUAAGAUCGGUGAAGCUAUUGGGUUGCUUCGGAAAAUGGAAGAAAGAAAUCUUGAAAUUGAUGUAGUGCUUUAUAAUACAAUCAUUGAUAGCUUAUGUAAGGACAAAUUGGUAACUGAGGCUUUGGCUUUUUUCUUUGAAAUGACAAAUAGAGGAAUUAAUCCAGACGUUUUCACUUACAAUUCUUUAAUUCAAGGCCUAUGCAAUUUUGGUCAAUGGAAUGAGGCAACUAAACUAUGGAAUGAGAUGGUUGAAAGGAAAAUCAUGCCCGAUUUGCAUACAUUCAGCAUAUUGGUGGACACACUUGGCAAAGAAGGGAGGUUGACAGAGGCUAAAGAAGUUUUUGAUGCGAUGAUUAAGAGAGGCAUAAAGCCAAAUGUAGUCACUUACAAUUCUUUGAUUGACGGUUAUUGUCUGCAAAAUAAAAUGGAUGAAGCUAUCAAAACAUUUAAUACGAUGGUUCGAAAGGGUUGUUCGCCUUGUGUUGUUAGCUAUAACAUAUUGAUCAAUGGAUAUUGUAAGAACGGAAAAAUUGAUGAGGCAAUGAGUCUAUUUCGUGAAAUGUCUAACACCGGAAUUUUUCCCAAUGUUGCCACUUACAACACUCUAAUUGGAGGGUUUUGCCGAGUUGGAAGACCUAAAAUUGCAUUAGAGCUACUCCACGAGAUGCAAGGUUGUGGCCAACCUCCAGAUAUCCAAACUUGUGCUAUUUUGUUAGAUGGCCUAUGUAAGAAUCUACACUUUACGGAGGCAAUGGCAUUGUUUAAGGAGAUGGAAGACAAAAGGUUAGACCUUAAUAUUGUGAUUUACAGCAUCUUGAUUGAUGGUAUGUGUAAUGCUGGGAAACUUACGACUGCAAGUGAAUUAUUUAAUGCUCUUCCUACCAAAGGUUUUCAACCUAAUGUUUGCACUUACACUAUAAUGAUCAAAGGGCUUUGCAAAGAGGGACUGCUAAAUGAAGCGAUGGAUUUAUUUGAGAAAAUGGAAGAGAACGGCUGUUCACCUAACCAUUUCACUUAUAACACUAUCAUUCAAGGCUUCUUGCAACAUUAUGAGACAUCAUGGGCAGUGAAAUAUCUCCAGAUGAUGCUUGGCAAGGGUUUCUCGGCAAAUGCAACCACUGCAACAAUUUUAAUCGACUUGAUGUCUACUAAUCGAGCAGAUAAAACAUUGCAAGAUUUUUUUCAAAUAUCUGUGUGAAAGCUUUCGAGUUCUUCGACUUGUAGGACAAAUUUCAUAUUCUAAGCUUUCUAUAAGGAAUAAAUACAUAUUUGCUGCAAGUCAUUAAGGUGUUAUUUAUUUCCAUGUCUUUUGGACUAUUGUUGUGUAUUGCUAUUCCUAUUUUGUUAUAUUUUUUUACAAAUUUCUGUAGACUUGUGUUGUAAUAAAAAUAAAAAACAUUCUGAAAGAUUUAUUCAAUUAUUUUGUUGAUGCUGAAUUAUUGCCGAAUAUUGGUCAUUUGGAGUUUGGAUUUU